AUGCUUUUAAAAUACCAUUUUAUUAUUUUUUUAUUUUUUCAUAUUAUUUUAAAUUGUGAUUGUUUUAAAUUUAUUUGUGAAAGACAUUUAUAUCCUAAUGCAAAAAAAUGUUAUCUUUUAAUAGCAUUAAGAGAGAAUGCUUUUAAUAGUGUAAUUUUACCAAAAUUAAAUAGACAUAUUCGUGAACAGCUUACAAGAGAAGCAUAUUAUGAUCAAAAAUCAAGAUCAAAUUUCCUGGUAAAAACUAACCAAUUUAUGAAUAGAAUUAUUAAGUUUACACAUUUGAAAGUAUUUGCACACUUAUUAAAUUUUAAUUGUUUUACUCUUUCAAGAAUGUAUAUUCUUAGAAGUGAAGAAGCAGUUGUAAAUUAUAGAAGAGAAAAUGAAGCAAAAUGUUUUAAUGGACAUUUAAUCAAAAUAAAUCCAAAUGACAAAUUUAAAAGAAUGCAAAAUAAAUUUUUAAUUAGACAUGUUAAAAAAGAUGCUGAAUAG